AUGGGAAAUACAAAAACUUGUGUUUCGGAUUCGAAUGAGGUUGUAAGCAGUAGCCUAAGUAUAGCUCACCAUCACUAUCCCUCUUCUUCUUCACCUCCUCCUGAUAUAACAUCCCUCAAGCACCUCUCCGAUAGCCUCGAACUGAUAGUUAACUCAUCUGACUUUGAUUUCUUUGCCGACGCAACAAUCGUAGUCAGCAACGGCCGGGAAGUCCCUGUCCACCGCUGCAUCCUCGCUGCGAGGAGCUCGUUUUUCAGGAACGUGUUCUCUGCGAAAGAAGGUAGCAGCUCUACCAGGUUUGAACUGAAGAAGUUGGCGAAGGAGUACGAUGUCGGAUUGGACUCGCUCUUGGCUGUUUUGGGUUACUUGUACAGCGGCAAGCUCAGGUCUUUGCCUAAAGGCGUAUGUGUUUGUGUAGACGACGCUUGUUCUCAUGUCGCUUGUCGCCCUGUUGUUGAUUUCAUGGUGGAGGUUCUCUAUGCUUUUUCAAAAUUUCAAAUCUCAGAACUGGUCACUCUUUACCAGAGGUGUUUGCUUGAUAUUCUUGAGAAAACAGCCAUAGAUGAUGUGUUGGUGGUUCUAUAUGUUGCGAAUAUGUGCGGCAAUGCUUGUGAGGUGUUGGUGAGGAGGUGUAUUGAGAUGAUAGUGAAGUCUGAUGUUGAUACUGUCACUCUUGAGAAAGCAUUGCCUCAACAAUCCGUGAAACAAAUCACGGAUUUAAGGCGGAGCAGUAAUUCUGCGAGUAACGUUCCGGACAAACACACAAGGAGGAUACAUAGGGCUUUGGACUCCGAUGAUGUUGAGUUGGUUCGAAUGCUGUUGAAAGAGGGGCAUACAAAUCUUGAUGAGGCAUAUGCACUUCACUAUGCUGUGGCAUACUGUGAUGCAAAGACCACAGCCGAGCUGCUUGAUCUCGGAAUCGCAGAUGUCAAUUGCAGGAACCUGAGGGGCUACACUGUGCUGCACCUUGCCGCGGCGAGGAAGGAGCCUAAAAUCAUUGUGUCACUGCUUACAAAGGGUGCUCGUCCCUCGGAUCUUACAUCAGAUGGCAGGAAAGCUCUUCAGAUUACUAAGCGUCUUACAAGAGCUGCCGAUUUUUUCAAGUCGAAUGAUGAGGGAAAAUCUUCCAAUGACCGGUUGUGUAUAGAGAUAUUGGAGCAAGCAGAAAGGAGGGAUCCAGUACUUGGAGAAGCUUCUCUUUCACUUGCAAUGGCGGGUGACGAUCUGCGUAUGAAGCUCUUGUACCUUGAGAAUAGAGUGGGACUUGCAAGGUACCUGUUCCCCAUGGAAGCAAAGGUUGUACUGGGUAUCACUCAUCUCGACGAAACUCCAGCAUUUCCACUAGACUGCCGGAGCCUGAAUGAUCCUGCCGGAUCCCGGACAACGACAGUGGACUUGAACGAGGCACCCUUCAAGGUUAAGGAAGAACACCUUGCCAGACUAAGAGCACUAUGCCAAUCUGUGGAACUUGGGAAACGGUUCUUUCCUCGUUGUUCAGAAGUAAUGAACAAGAUCAUGGAUGGCGAUGACAUGUCACAGCUUAUAUACACAGGCAAUGACACUCCAGAAGUAAGGCUCACAAAGAGGAGGUACAUGGAAAUCCAAGAAGUGCUAAGUAAGGCUUUCGAUGAAGAUAAACAGGAUAUUGAUCGUUCUGGAAUGUCAUCAUCCUCAUCUUCUACAUCAGUAAGGGCAGUGAGGCCUAAGCUCACCCUCAUUGAUUAA